UUAAAGAAAAAAUAGAUUUUUACUUAUAUUACUGUUGUAACUUUAUGAUGUGGCAAAAAAUUGCUGUCUCACGCGCCGUCUAGAGUUUGAUUUCAGUUUCUAUGCCAGGUGGAUGGAAAAGGUGUACGUGUAGGAUGAAUAAGCAAGUUCAGGGGGGUAAUUGAAACAAAAUAAAGUUUAGGUGUACAUUGAAUAAAAAGCUUCAAGUUCAGGGGGAUAAUGAAUACUUUUGCCUUUUUUUAUUGGUCUGAUAGAUACCUAGGAAUUCAGGUGUUAAAUCUGUAUCUUUGAGGGACAUCAUUUCAAGAGGUAAAAUCGACACCCUUCCUCUUGUGUAGUAUAAUGGCUAAACAAAACGUAUGACCCGUUUAUAAGAAAAAAGUAACAGAAAUUUCUAGUAUGACUUGUCUAAUGGUAGUUGCUUUUGCUCCCAAGUUUAUACCUUUGAGCUCUUUUCUUUGAGAAUGGUAAACUCUACUUCUAUAUAUCUAUACUACAACAAAAUGUAGUCCCCCAUCACAAAAAGUUGUCUCUUUCCAAAAUCCUAAUAAUAUAAUUAAUUAGAGCCAAUCAAUUACAUUAAAAACAUCUUUUGUGGCUCUGUGCAAUGUGCCGUCUAUAACUACUUGUUAACACCAAAAAUAGUAAAACCCUAAGCAGUCUGUCUUGAUCUUUUGUAUGUUGCUCUUUUGCCUUCAAAACAUCUCUGAUUCCUCUCUUUCCAUAUGGUCCGCCUAAUACAUGAGGAACCUGGAACAAUCUUCCAGCUCUCCUCCUCCUUCACUGCUUUCUCUGUUCCAGCUUUUUAGCACUUAUUUGAUUCUCCCAGGUUUCACCUACCUGAUCUUCCUAUUAUGGAUGAAUAUUUGCCGCAACUGGUCUGUCCAUUUGUUGUGCAAAAAGAGAUGGUUGACUGGCUCUAUCUGUUCUUCACAUAGAUAGCAUCUAGACCAUAGGUUGACUUUCCUCUUGUUAAGGUUUUCGUGUGUGAGGACUGCUUCCUUUGCUAAUAACCAUGUAAAGUAGUUUACCGUAUAAGGCACUUUGGUCUUCCAGAUCACUCUCCAUGUCCAUCCUAUCUCCUGAGUAUUUGUUGUAAGCUGACCUGACAGUUAAAAUACCUCUGCUAUCCACCUUCCACUCCAAGCUGUCCUUUUCUUCUGUAAAAAUGGAGCUUUGAGGGACUGUAUUAUGAAAAGCUGCUAUAAAGGUCAUUUCCCAGUCAUUUAGGUUCUAUCCUUUUGAGCUCAUAAUAUGUAACUUCUCCAACUGAAAUGUCAUCUGAUAUAAAAGGAAGAUCAAGAGUCAGAGUUAGAACCUUUCGAAAGUUAGACAGGAAUCAAUCCGUUGCAAUUGGGAUGUGUCCGCCAGGCCAAUGGAUGAAAAUAACCAAGGGUUCAUGGGUGCGAUCAAUGUCACCUUUCGAGCAGAGGUUCUUGGAUAUUAGGAUGACAGGCUCAUCUAAGGACACUUUUCAGGUCUCGCUGCAUGAAGAUUUUUAUUUGUAUCGUGUUGUGUUUCUGGUAUUGGGUAUAUUGCUACUUGCUCUGGCAUCCUUCCUUAGCAAGUCUCUAGUAUUUUUCUAUGGUGGUGCGAUGGCAGUAGGGGUUAUUCUUGUGAUACUGAUGGUCCUUUUCCAGGGAAUGAAGCUUCUUCCGACUGGUAGGAAGAGUUCACUAGCAAUAUUCUUGUAUUCAUCCAUUGUUGGUGUAGGAUCUUUCAUUCUAAGCUAUGUGCCCCAAUUGUUGCGUUCAAUACUGCGCGAGAUUGGUGUUGGUGAAGACAUGUACAACCCUCUGGCAAUAUUUCUGCUGCUUUUCCUUGUGAUUGCUGGAGCUUGGUUGGGGUUUUGGGUUGUUCACAAACUCGUACUUGAAGAAGAUGGAUCAAUUGACACCGGAGUAUCUCAAUUUGUUGCUUGGUCCAUUCGAUUUCUCGCUUCUGCGUUGAUUCUUCAGAGUUCUGUGGAUCCUUUAUUGUGUGCCGAGGCAUGGAUAUGUGGAGUUCUGAUCUCAUCAAUCUUGAGGAGACUAUGCCGUCCCAAAUAUGUUCUGCGCUUUUUCAAGAGUUUAUCACGAAUAGACACGAGUUAUCUCUGGGAAUCUCAGGAAUUGUACGCGUCACCGAUAAAAGGGUCAUAUGAUUCCAGGACGUUCAAGACAAAUCUAAAUGACACAAUCCGCCCAGGUUUUCCUCUCAAGCCACGAAGUUUGUUGUCAGAAAAAGAUACUUACUAUUCUACUUUCCAUAAAACUCCUGAACAGAAGAAGCUUUCAAAGGAUGAGUAUGACAAGAUAACUAAAGACACCACAAAGAAGGCUAUGGAAGAGCUUGUUUCUUCCCCGGAUUUUAGCAAAUGGGCUGUUGCUCACGCAGAUAGGAUUACUCUUGCUCCAAAGAAAGAGACAACUGCUAGGCAGAGAAGGUGGUACCAAUGGCUAUGACUUAAAAAUGUCAUUAUAGUGGGCGGAGAACUUAGGUGUCCGGACUUGUUGUAAUGUGUUCCGUGUUUUUCACGUAGGUAGUAAUCUUUUUUUUUUUUUAAGUAUGUCUUAUGCUGUAGUUCUCAACAUAAAAAAAGGUUUGUAUUAUGGUGUGAUUACAUUCUUAUUACUCUGAGCUAGUGUAACAUUAUUGACUUUUACAAGGCACUGAAACUGACUGCUUCAAGGACUGUGCAUUAAUGUUUAAUGAAUGUAACAACUGGAUAAUGGAGAUGACAUUUUGCCACUGUAAA